AUGCCGCCCCCGAGAGCCUCAAGUCCCGCCCCCGGGAGCCGCACGCCUAGUGCCCGUGCAGCCCGGGACCCGCUGGGCCACUUCGCGAGCCUGCUGGCCCAGCGGGGUUUAGGCCCGGGAGAGCUGGCGGCGUCUGCCAACCCCGGGGCGAGGGGCGCUUACGGGUGCUUUCGCUGGGACGCCGGCGCCUCCCAGCAGAAGAAAGCCUGUGAGUCAGUGUCAGCGUGCGAAAAAGCCACUGCUCCCAAGCUCUUCCGCCAGGGUGACCGGACUCCGCCGAUCCUCACGCGCCCGGGACAGCCUCGUCUCCUUCCGCAGCUGGCCCGAGUCUUCUCUCCACACCAGCUGGGGUUGUUUCCUGUGGCUGCUGUCACAGGUUCCAGGGGUCACGACACGGGCACGUCUUUUAGGGGGCUACUCUUCGGUCCACAAUACCAACCACCAGCCAGAGGGAGCUUCCCGAAACUGGCCUUCACCCUGGGAGCGGUCGGUUGGAGAGCAGCGUCAUCCAAGUCCAGUCCCGUCACCUGUCCUUGGAACCUGAGAACGUCGCUCCGCUGUAACCCCUUCUUGCCCACCUCGCCCCCUCUCCUCCAACACCUCCCGGGCCUCCGAUCGCUCGCCGUCAGCGAGCCCCACCGCCUUCCUCUGGGUCCGCCUCCGGGUUUCCGCUGCCCUCUUCCCUACUGCCCUUCUCAGCUCCGCAACUCGGAAGCCGUGGGUGUCCGGAGGCGGGAAGUCCAAGACCAGUGCGCCGGGACAGUUGGCUUCUGGGUCUGGCUCCUUACUUUAAAAUGUGACAGCCGACAGCUUCGAAGCCUCAUCCUCCCUGUCCCUUGUGCCCCACACAUGGGCAAGCUGAUGUCAAAGCCUCCGGGCUCCCUUCCUCGGCAUCAGCGGGGAGUUCGCACCACCCACAGGAACCCCCGCCCCUGCUCUAGCUCCAAACACGACAGAGACACCCCCGCACCCCCUGCCCGGUCUCCUUUCCAUGUCCUCUCAAGUCGUCUUCUGACCACCUUGGGGACCUGCCGUGCGAUCCCAGGAAGCCUCAAUGUUUUUGAGUAAAAACCAGCUCUACAGAGAGAAAGAUUGAACAGCUCUGAACACCCAUGAGAUCUCGUGUGACCAAGUUGGACCCCAGAAGUGUGGAGAGUCGGCAUGAGGGUUAGAAAACCCACUCCAGCAAUAGACAUGUACAAAUAGCUGCUACAGCUCCAGAGACAAAAAGUAGAUUCGUGGGUGCCAGGGGCUGGGGGAGGAGGGGAGGGGUGUUGGGAGAGCAACGGAAGUAACUGUUAAUAGGGACAGGGCUUCUUUGGGGAAGUGAUAAACACGUUCCGGAAUUAGAUUGUGGUGAUGGUGGCACAAGUCUGGAUAUACUAAAAACCAUUGCAUUGUAUAGUUUAAAUGGGUGCAUUUUAUGGUAUGUGAAUUAUAUCUCAA